UGUUAUUGUUUUUGGGGUUGUAUAACUAAAAUAAAUGUUGAAAAAAAGCAAGACGAAGAGGCGUUUUCAAAACGAAGUUUUUGAAGAGUAAAAAUUAAAUUAUAAAGUGAAAAAGUUCUUAAAUGUGAAAGAAAAAUCAAUUGCAAUAAGUUAAACAAAUUUUGAAAAGAAAAAAUUUCUUCGUUUAAAAUCGUUAUAAAUCGUUUUUAACCCAAAAACCAAAAAAAAAAAAUAUCAAGAAAAAUAUAUAAUGAAAGAAAACGCAAAAACCGGCCUUAAAUAGUAUCUAGAUACGAAAAAUAAAAGAUGAAAUAAAACACAAAAACAACAAUACAACAUUUUGUUGUUGUUUUUCUUUUUAAUUUUAUUUUACUGUGUUAACAUCGCUUAUUCGUCGUGCGGUUCGGUUCGUAAAAGCAGACAAAAUAUAAAAAUUCUUUGCCGGUCAUAGUCAUUUGUACGCUUUGCCGCCAUAUACCGUCCAAUAAAAACACGUCGCCAACACAGUAAAUCCAAAUUCUUAAAGAAAAAGUGUAAAAGAAAAUCUAAUGCAUUCUUUAAAUUGAUGUAAAGAAUAGCAAAAAAAAGUUUUCAUACUAGUUUUUAAGUGCUUUUUAUGAAAAUGUAAAAAAAAAAUAUCCUUAUGAAAUCAUUGCAAUGUUAUUUAAAGGCUGAUUGAUUAAUUUUUCUAAUAAAUUUUCAAUAUUCUUUUUACUACUCUACUAUUUUUUACUACUAUUUGACUACGUCAUUAACAAUAACAAAAAAAAUCACUAAAAAAGAAUCUUAAAGUUUUAAUAAAUGAAAAUUUAAAGAAAAAGAGAGAGAGAAAAAACAAACCUAAACUGACAACUUAAGCAAAGAAAACAACAACAAAAAAGAUGAGAUAAAUUAAAAAAGCACCUUCACUAAAAUAAUAUACACAAAAAAGAAACUAUUUAUUAAAAAAACACAAAAACAAAACAACAAAUCAUCAGCUAACAGUAUAAUGUGUCAUUAUAACAUAUUUGAUAACACCAAACUGUUAACAGCACUACAAACAGCAGCAACAACAACAAACGUAACAGUUUUAAAGAGAUAAUGUUAAGUAUUAACAUAAACUGAAUGAACGAAUGCAUCACACUCAAUAAAAUAAAUAAAAGAGGCUGCAAAAAAAAUUACCGACAACAAGUGAGAGCCAGUCAAAACGCCAGAGAAAGAACGAGAAGGAGAGAGAUAGAUUGAGAAAAAAAAUAGUUAAAUCUCAUUUAAAAUAUAGAAAUUCUUUGCAAAUCAUCUGUGAUAUAUCUUCCAAUUAACUGCUACACUUAAAAAAAUAACAAAAACAAAAGACUUUACUUAAAUUAUUUAAAAUUAUUUGAGAGUGACUACCACAAUACAAAAAAACACACACACACAAAAUCGUUAUAUAUUUCUCUCUACCACCGAUUUUUUAUUUUCUAAGUUUAUAACAAGAAAAACAAAUAUUUAGUUUGUUUUCAUUUUAACAAUAACAACAAAACACAAGUAAAAAAAGCUACAUUUUGUGCUCUUUGGGUAACUGACGCAUCAUCAAAAACUCAUUUCGAAAUAAUAACACAACAAAAAGAAAUUGGAGAAAAAGACGUAGAUUUUGUUAGCAGGCCACUGUUAACUUCACACUCACACCGUGUAGACACUUUAGAGUUACCCACUUUAUGCCUCUACUCGUCAAGUCAGCCACAGCGCCAAGCAACCUCCAACUAUAUUCUCGUUAACGCCGCCACAUUAUAAUAAGUGCUGUUAAAAGCGUAGUAGUGUCUACUGAAUAUUGAAAAACUGGCUGACACGACAAUUCAAUUCUACUUUAAAACCCAGAACCAGAAAAAUCCCUUUGAAAACUAUAUUUUAAAGAAAACAACAAUGGCGGCAUAGACUUUCCUCCAAAUUUAACGUUUGCUUCUACACAAAGAAAAGAUGGAAUCCUUAGGUGCUAAUUUUAGAAAUUAGGAAACAUUAAACAAAUAUUUAAAUAAAUUCAACAAAGUACAACAAUUGCAACAUUUAAGCAAAUCCAAAUACGAAAAGAAUUCAAAAGGAACUGUGCAGCAACUUCCUUAAACACACAAAAGCUAAAAAGAGAAACAGCUAAAAGUUAAAGAAAGCACUCAAGAAAAGCAGUUGAAAACUAAAACACAUUAAUGAAUAUCUAACAAAUAUUCAUGCAAAAAAGUAAAGAUUUUAUUUUUAUGUGGAAAUGUUAAAAUUGUAACAACAACAUUUUGAAAAAGAGUUGUCUCCUUUUUAUCCUUCUACUACACCCCCAUAAAGAAAUAAUAAAUCACUCCAAUUUUAUUAGUAUUUUAAGAAAUCAGCAAAUAUUAAGAAAGCAAGAAAAAGAAUCAAGCCUAUUAAGCACAAAGUCGAAAUAAAGAACAAUUAUUUUUGUUUUAAAAGCAAACAAAAACAUAAAACAAAACUAACAAAUUAAAGUCACCGAAGUAAAGGCCAGUCGCAUAGCAAUAAAGAACCUCCAGCACAGAAGACAGACAGAAAAGCAAAAAAAAAAGAAAAAAACGAAAAAGAAAAUUUAAAACGUUUCAGACGUUUAAAAUUGUACAAUGUCAAAAUAUUUCAUUAAUACAACAACAAAUGCCAAUGCUGCAGCCACUAGUAAUGUUUAUCAAGUCAAUCAAAAUGUGGGUACAACAACAACAUCAAACUCCUCUUCUGUCUCCGCUACCGGAACCACCAAUGCUAUACGAAAAUUAUUUUGUGAAAAGAACACUACGUCUUCAGCAUCGGCUACAACAAGGGGUUCAUCAUCGUCUAGUACUAAAACAACAAGAAUUUUUAUGACAACAAAUCAAACGCAUCAUCAGCUGCAGCAACAAAAUGCGACCAAUAACAACAACAACAUGGCUACACAUUUGUUAGAUCAUGGUUAUGGUGUUACCCUAACACCGCCAACAGUAGCGACCAAUGCAGUGGUGGGUCAACAACAAACGACCUCAACCACCUCAUCCUCCUCCUCUACACCAACAUCGGGAACAGUUGCUGUUUCUGUCACUUCUAAUACAAUACCUGCCUCGCAACAACCACAACAACAACAAAAAUUCAAGCCUACCGAUAUGACACAAUAUUACAAGGUUAAACGGCGUAUACCUAUGAAUGAUAGUCAUCCGAAGAAACAGGCCAAACAAAGUCUACAACAUCAGACACCUUAUCAACAACAACAGCAACAACAACAACCACAACAGCAACAUAAUGUUAUUAUACGUUCAAACACUAACAAACAGCAAACACCUCAGAUUCAUCAUCAACAGCAGCAACAACAACAACAGCAACUUUCAUUAAAUUUUGCCACGCCAUCACCACAACCACCCAGACCACCAUCAUCAGCUUCCUCGACAUCAUCGUCAUCAGCCUUAAUGGCACCAAAUUUGCUCUAUAAAAUCGGUACAGCCUCUUCCAAUAGUCACGGUGUCAAUAAUACUGGCGCUUCGGCCAAACGCACACCCGAAGGUAAUCGUGCCGACACCUCAUUGGGUAUAUUAACGAAAAAAUUCGUAGAUCUUUUACAAGAAUCACCCGAUGGUGUGGUCGACUUAAAUGAUGCCUCCACUAAAUUGGCCGUACAAAAACGUCGUAUUUACGAUAUCACCAAUGUACUGGAGGGUAUUGGUAUACUGGAGAAGAAAUCGAAAAAUAAUAUACAAUGGAAAUGUGGCAAUUCGCUGUUGACAUCGGAACGCUCGAAUGAUAUUAAAUUGGAGAAUGAACGUCUCGAACAGAAGGAGAAUGAAUUGAAUAUGUUGAUUGAUGAAAUACGUAAUGAAUUGCAUGGCGAAAUCUCGCGUAAUGAUCAAUUGGCAUAUGUGACGCACAGCGAUCUAUUGAAUGUCGAUCUGUUUAAGGAUCAAAUUAUUAUAGUUAUUAAAGCACCACCAGAAGCAAAACUUGUGUUACCUGAUUCUCUUAAUCCUCGUGAGAUACAUGUUAAGGCGGAAAAUAAUGGUGAAAUCAAUGUAUUCCUUUGUCAUGAUAACUCACCGGAAAAUUCACCCAACUUUGGCUCCUCCUCUUUGGCUCAACGUCAUGCUGCUGCUGCAUUGCAACAGCGUCAUCAUGAUGACUUGAUUACUGAUAUGGAGGACGAAAAACGUCAUAGAUUAGGUUUACCAGCUGUAACAGCACAACCUUUAGCAUCUACAUAUCCGGCGGCAGCCACCAACUUGGUACCACGUUCGGCUCAACGUAAUCUUAGCAAGUCAAUAGAAGCUGCAGCUCAACAAGAGGCUGCAUCGCUUAUCGAAGUUAACUACCCAACUCAGGAUCAACAACAACAGCAGCAGCAACAUCAUCAUCUGCAGCAGCAUGAGCAGUCAAAUUCUUCUUCAUUAUUAAAUGAAGAUGAUUUCAAUAUGUUCCCCUCCAUAACAAGGCCGGUUAUAACACAGGUUUUAGGCGAACAGCAUCAACAAAGGACACAACACAUGCAAAAUUCCCAGGAACAAAAGUUAACAGCCGAGGAGGAGGAUGCUUUGGUUUCCUAUCAAAGUUUAAUUGUUUGUUCCAAUCAGCAACAACAGCAGCAGCGCCGUCAUACCGCUGAAAGUAAUCCGGAUAGUAAUGAUUCUAAUCAAACCCUUACGCUUACCAGUUGUAAUAGCACAACGAAUAGGAGCCUUUUGUCGUCGUCGUCGAAAAAAUCUGGUUUACGAAAAGAUGUUACUUUGGUGAAUUGUGCAAUGGAACAGCAACAGCAGCAAAAAAGUCUAUUAACUGGCAGUACAACAUCCUCUUCGGCGUCGUCGUCAACGUCUUCAUCACAAGUUCCAUCAAAUAAUUCGUCAUCGGCCACCUCGCCACAUCAUCAACAACAGCAGCAAGACAAUUCCCCAACACAUUUGAAUUAUGAAACUUUAACACAUAAUAAUCAACAACAAUUGCAAACAACAACAACCACCGCUGGCGGUCAACAUCAACAACAAUUGCAACAGUACCAUCAUCAUCAGGAACAGCAUCAACAAUUGCAGCAACAUCUCGAUAAUAGUAUUGUUGUUGGUAAUUCUUCUUCAUCACAUAAUGAUGAUCAUCUUGCACACAUGCAUGUUUCAAAUUCGAAUUGUAGUUCAGGCGUCCGGAACGCUUUAAUUUCGGAUAGUGUCAACCUUAGUCCCACUACCUAUAAUUAUUUUGAAGACUUGCCGCCUUUGUUGCCCAUUGAACCGCCAUUGGAUGGUUUAUAUAAUUUCUCUUUAGAUCAGUCAGAGGGUCUUAAUGAUCUAUUCCAUGAUUUUGUAUAAGCAAACACCCGCCCUCUUGUCCCAACCAAAACACGUUUAUUCAACUCCCCUACUCUCCCCCCUUGGAAAAUUAAUCAUCCAACCAAAUUUGUUGUUUCUUUUUUUUUAAUACAUUUUUUUAAUUAUAAUUUUAAAUUAUAAAAGAAAUCCAAUAUAAAAAUAUAUAUUUUUUUUAUAUUUUUAAAAAAUAAAACAAAAAACUAGUGGAUAAUAGUUAAAAAUUAAAAACACACACACACAAAUAUAUAA